CGAUAUCUGUAGAAUUUAUCGUAAAGUAGUGACAUUAUGUAAAAAAUGACUUUUAUUUGAGUUACUGACAAAAAAUAAUAAAAAAGCUCAAAGUUGUUAAAAAAAAGUGAAAAAAAUGGAAGGAAUUCCUUUAAAAGAGUAUCAAAGUACAAACGACGAACUUAAUGCUUCGUCGUCGUUGUUGCUGCAACAAAAAUCACCGUAUGCCGGUUCGACAACUCUUUCAACGCCAAUAAAAUCUCCUUCAAGGUCAAGUUUCCGCAAACGUCAAAGCUCGGUUUACAUCAAGCGCAGUCGAUGGUCGCGUUACAAGAAUGCAGCAGCAACAACGCUUCCCAUCAGACUCAAGGAUACGCCAGCGGAUCAAAUUCCAGUUGAUGGCAUUGGAUGUUGUUCAAAUACCUCAUUUUUCUGGGCCAGAAAAUUCAUAAAACCCGAAAUUGAGGGGGAAGAAAGUUGUGUUCCGCAUGCUGCCGUUGCUGAUGGCGCGGAAUUGAAUGCCAAACGGUUGCUGGGAAAGUUUAAGGAUAAUUAUCAGGGAUAUGGAAGUGAAAAGUGCUCAAUGUUGAAGGUGGCGUUUCAGUUUUGUUCGACGCGAGUGAUUAUUGCGAUGAUUUUUCACGUAUUAGCGGUGAUUUUUGAGAUUUUGGGACCGACCAUUUGUUUGAAAUUAUUUUUCGACGCCAUUCAUGACUAUCCGUUCCUAGAGCUCCAAGAAGAUCUCCUUUCCGAAAGUCAGGAAGUCCCAAAAGACGACGAUGCCGAAUUACUGACGAUGCCAAAGGAAUAUCUCCUCAUUUACGCUGUUCUCGGCUUCGGAUUGUCCCUUCCGCUGGCAUUUUUCUUCAAAUUCAUGACGACCUCCUUCAACUUACGCACCGCAAAUCGUCUUCGCACCGCCAUUCUCGCCGCUAUGUUCAAACAAUCGCUCAAAACGCGUCUGAGCAACGACAUUGCCGUGCACCAAAUUAUGACCUUUACCGCGGAAGAUGGCGAAUACAUUUUCAACUUACUGGAACAAGGAACUUUAAUAGUUGGAAUCCUAAUUGGUGUCAUAAUUGCUUCUGUGGCUUCCAUUUUCCUGCUUGGAUUUCCCGGAAUAUGGCCGUUGAUCGUAAUUUUCCCGCUUUUUAUCAUUUUGACGUUCAUGGCGAAGAUUUCGACGCAGUACAAUUUGCGAGCUGAGAGUGUAAACGCCGAAAAACUCACAAUUGUCGAGGAAUUACUCUCAAACUUUCGUAAUGUAAAGCUUUUGGGCUUCGAUAAAUUUAUUAAGACCAAAUUCGAGGACGCCCUUCAUCGUCAAUGUCGAAUCCUGACGUGGAGUGAGAUCUAUACGCCUCGAAUUUCGGGUCACGUGACCAGUGCGAUGAUUUUGGGCGGAUUGUAUCUCAAUUGGUGCGAUUUCAUGAUCGAGACACAUAUCGUCGAAGUGCUCGUUUUGAUAAUUUUGUUUGCGUAUCUCGUGAAAAUUUACGUAAUUCAAUUUUCGGAGGGCAUUCAAGCGAUUUUCGACGCUUGUGGCUGCUUGGAAAAAGUAAAAGAAGCAUUUACGCUUGAAGCUUGCAGUCAAUCCAUUUCAAGGCCAAAAGAUCGCGAUCUCUUCGUUCUCAUCGAAAAUGCGCUUUUUAUGUGGCCCCAAAAAGAUGACUUUAAAAUUAUUCAACAAGAAGCUUAUCAAGGUCUACAAGUUCCUGAAUUUCACGUCAGAAAGGGACAAAUUGUGGGAGUAACAGGACCCACUAAAUCCGGCAAAACUAUGUUCGCGUAUUCGAUUCUUGGACAAACGAUUAAUAAACAUGGCGAACUGCGAUUACGUGGACUGAUGGAAUAUUAUCCGACGGAGCCUUUUUUGUUGAAUGGAAGUUUGAAGGAAAAUAUCGUAAUGGGCGCCGAAUUUGACAGUCAAAAAUUUUUAAAUGCAAUAAUCGAGACAAAAUUGAACGUUGACGUUUUGACAACCGUUGGAGCUGAAGACUUGGACAUCAUGGCGAUGGAUUUGUCGCCGCAACAAGUACAGAGAGUCAUUUUGGCACGAGCUUUGUACAGCAAUGCUCAUGGAUUUGUGUUCGAUGAGCCAUUUAGGAAUGUCCGAAAAACGCCGGGACUUGUUAAAAUCGUCACAAAUGUCCUUUUUAAGUUGCAAAUUCAGGAAAAAACGGUGAUUCUUAUCUCGAGUUACUUGGAUUUCCUGCAGGUUUGUCAGUACAUCCAUUUUAUCGACAAUGGAAAAGUUUCGGUGGACACCUCGACUAAUGGAACGUACGAAAGUUUCAUUGAAAUGCCCGAAAACUACGAGAUGCUUCAUACUGAGAUGACUUUGGAACAAGCGAACGGGUUUCAAGAACAUUUCGAAGGUGCUCGACUUGACGGAUUGGAGAUCAAAAAACGAUGGAGACGUGAUUCGACUAUUGAUCCAAUCAUUUAUUCGCCUAAAUACUCACCAAUGUCCUAUUGGCGCAUCCUGUUCCUCUAUUUGUUCCUCGCGGUCAGCAGUUUUGGUUAUUUUGUCUUGCCUUUUGGGUUUAUUGAGUACCACGACUACAAAGAUCCCUGGUUGGCUUACGUUUGCAUCGCGAUUGUCUUUGCGUCGAUUCUUUUGGAUAUUUUGACGAAAAUCUUUUAUGCGACCGCGUGUGAGAUAAAAGCGCGCGAACAUCAAAUACCGUUAGUGGAAAAGUUGCUGAGGACUUCGGUGAAUUUUUUGCAAACGACGCACUUGAGUGACAUUACGUGCAUGUUCAUGGGGACGAAUUUGCUGGAUGAGACAGCGGUGUUUGUGAGUCAGAUGACGGGACAUAUUGGGAUGACGUUUGCGAUGGUGAUGCUUGGAAUGGCAAAUUAUUGGACGAGUAUUGCGUUUGCUGUGCAUUUUAUUGCGAUGGUUGGACUUUGUUUGAAGUUCAGAAAAUCUGUGGGAUAUUAUGCACGAUGUGAGUUGGAAACGAUGGAAAAAGUAUUUCAAAUAGGAAAUAAUCUAAUACGAGGACGUGGAGUUAUUCAAACUUUGAAUACCGAACAUUAUCCGAAUUUGUUUCAAAAACUCCUUUUUCACAUCGAAGACAACUCAACAUCAAUUUUCCUGCAAAAAUCUUUGGUUUAUCACACACGUUUUCUUAACCAAAUCCUCUUGUGGAUCCAUUUUAUGAUUUCUUGCAUCAUAAUGAUUGUCACUCCCCCUUCAAAGGACAUGAUUUUCCAUCAAGCCCUUGGAUUGUUCGGACUUUUUAGCUACUCCUAUUACAGUGACAAAUUUCUCGACGCCAUUCUCAAUGUCCAACGUUACGUGGAAAAAGAUCGCAAAAUGUUUGAAGAUCUCGAUCGAAUCGAAUCUGUGUCGCAUGAAACUAAAGGUCACAAAAAACCUCUGAUUUUAUAUCGAGGUGUUUCGGUAGAAGCCAACGACUUACGAUUCAAAAUCGCCGUACGACAACUUUUUGACAUGCCCUUGCUGGAAGCAGAGCCAGGAGCCAAAGUUGGCAUUUGUGGCGUCGGAUCAAAUUUAUUUACGUCAUUUUUGUCUAAAAUUAUCACACAAACUUCGGGCAGCUUGAAAUUGAAUGAUAAUUCGUUUGCGGAAUAUAUUAGUACGCCAUCGUUGCUUUUUGGUUUUGUGCCUUAUGAUCCAAAAAUGGAUGGAGUUACUAUCAGUCAAAUACUUGAUCCAGAUCAACUUUACGUGAACAAUUCGUACGUUCAAGGUGCCUUACGAAAGGUCAGAAUGUGGGAAUAUGUCUCCAAACUCCCUCUAGUCCUGCACGAACCCAUCAAUAAAUUACCUAGAUACCGAAGACAACAACUCGCACUCGCCCAAUGUAUGGUAAAGAAAGAAAGAACACCAAAAAUUAUCAUUGUCAUUGAAUAUCCGCAUCCAGAAUUGAUGCCCGUGAUAGAAAUUUGUCUUCAGAACGAAAUUUCAGACAAUACGGUAUUCAUCAUUGGCGAAACAGAUGACCAGCUUAAGCUCUGUGAUGGUCCAUUCGAGACGAAUUACCUCGUAAGCGAGCAGGAAUUAAAAGUUUUAAACGAAUAAUAAACGAAAAUUGACCCUGUAAUAAUUCGUAAAAAUUUCAAAUGAAUCUUUUUUAAUCGUAAUUCAAGUUUAAACGAAUGUCAGGGAUUUCGUUUCGGUAAGUCAUGCAGCUGGUACGUUUAAUCUGGCGAAAAAAUGUGUGAAGGAAGAGAUUUUUUUUUUGCAUAAAAAUGGACAUAAGCUGCUUUAUGGAUUUCAUAAAAUUAUGGAUUACAAUUUUAAAAGUCACAAUAUU